CCAUAAUUCUCUGUUUUGAUUCUGUAUUGGGUAAUAUGUCAACCGGUGGCACCGCCACCAAUUCUGCCAGCGGUAGUCCCAGAGUGGCCGGAACCGGACUCACUAUCCACCACCGACGUCCUGUUAUGGAGAAUGACCCUGAAAAAUUAUCAGAUCAUAUACAAAUCGGAUUUGACAAUUACUAUGGUGAUAAUAAUAACAAUAAUGCAAAUAUUAUUAACGCGGGUAGCGGAAACCUUCCUUAUUACCACCAUCAUCAUCAUUCUCGUACAAUAGUACGAUAUUUAUUAGCGUGUAAAUGGGUGCCGGAAAGUUUGAUUUUUAGAGUAGAAGAAUGUUUAUUGAGUUUUUGUUCAAUUAUGGCGUGUUUAGGAUCAAGAUAUAAUAUGGGUCGUACUAUUUUGGGGAUAUUGUUGGUUUUGGUGAUGAUUUCUGUGUUCUUUAAGUUUUCAAUCGUUAUGAAUGGUGAUGUAAAUGGGAAUUUGAUGAGUAAAGAUCAUGGGCUUUUUGUUGUUCAGAAUUUUAAAAAUGAUUGGGUUAAUGCUCAAAAAGUUGUUUCUGAAACACAGUCCUCUGUUUCUGUUUCCUCUUCUGGUGGAGUUGCGCGGAAACGCCAGAUGGAGGAGUUGCCGGUACCAGAAAUAUGGAUGAAGCCACCUAGUGAUACUUACUACAAAUGCAUUGCUCCGCCUAGAGAUCGAAUAAGAACUGGAUCAUCGACUAAUGGAUAUGUCUUGGUUCAUGCUAACGGAGGAUUAAACCAGAUGAGAACAGGGAUAUGUGAUAUGGUGGCUAUUGCAAAAAUUUUGAAUGCCACUUUGGUUCUUCCUUCUCUUGAUCAUGAAUCGUUUUGGACAGAUCCCAGUGAUUUUAAAGAUAUUUUUGACUGGAGACGCUUCAUUGAUGUUUUAAAGGAUGAUAUUAAGAUUGUUGAAUCGUUGCCACCAAAAUAUGCAGCUGUGACCCCUAUUCAGAAGGCACCGGUCUCUUGGUCUAAGGCUAGUUACUAUAGAGGAGAGGUUCUUCCUUUACUUAAGAAGCACAAGGUGAUACAAUUUACGCAUACAGAUUCAAGGCUUGCUAACAAUGGCUUGGCAUCCUCUAUUCAGAGGCUUCGAUGUAGAGCAAAUUAUGAGGCUCUACGGUACACAAAUGAGAUUGAGGAGCUUGGAAAGAAGUUGGUGGAUAGACUUAGAGACAAUGGUGAACCCUACAUUGCUCUUCACUUGAGGUAUGAAAAAGAUAUGUUAGCCUUUACCGGCUGCAGCAACAAUUUAACUGCUCAAGAGGCUGAAGAACUUCGUUAUAUGAGGUAUCAAGUGAAGCACUGGAAAGAGAAAGAGAUAGAUGGCAAUGAGAAACGACUACAAGGGGGCUGCCCUAUGUCGCCUAGAGAGGCUGCCUUGUUUCUUAAAGCAAUGGGCUAUCCCUCCACGACCAGGAUAUAUAUUGUCGCUGGGGAAAUUUAUGGCAACAACAGCAUGGAUGCAUUUCGUAAUGAGUAUCCUAAUGUUUUCUCUCACUCAACUCUUACAACAAUGGAAGAACUAGGGACUUUCAGGCAUUACCAAAACCGUCUUGCUGCCUUAGAUUAUCUCGUAGCCCUUGAAAGUGAUGUCUUUGUUUACACAUAUGACGGGAAUAUGGCAAAGGCCGUGCAAGGGCAUAGAAGGUUUGAAGGAUUUCAAAAGACCAUAAGCCCCGACAGGUUAUUACUAUUAUCUUUAGAUUUUUGUACUCGCUUUGUCAAUCACUCAAUCAAACUAAUGAUGAUAUUUGGUACUUCUGUUCAUUUCAGACUGAAUGUUGUAAGAUUGAUUGAUUUGUUGGAUAAGGGUACGAUCACUCGAGAAGAGUUUACCUCCGAGGUCAAGACGUUACAUUCCAACAGAUUAGGAGCUCCUUACUCUAGAGAAGCAGGAGAAUCACCAAGAUUAGAAGAGAACUUCUAUGCAAAUCCUUUCCCAGGUUGUAUAUGUGAUAGAUCUUUGAUGGAAGUGAGAAAGCAGCAAAUUAUUUGAAGGCUGCUGCACAAAGAUAAAGAUUUAGAUUAGAUAAAUGUCAGUAUUUGAUCUAUGAUAUUAGUCAGCAAGCAGAAUCAAAGAGGACUUACGCCAUAUGAACAAAGCUUAAAGAAGCAGAGAUAAUGAGAAAAACAGAAGAGGCAGCAGAUACAACACAAGGUACUCAAAUCAUUCUUUUUACUGUGCAGUAUACAACAUUUAUUCAUUUUCUUAUUUAUUCUGAGUUGGUUUUGGUAAUUG